AUUUGUGUUUGUAUAAAUCUCCAGAUUGAUGAGUUUUACGUGGGGCCAGUGCCUCCCAAGCAGGUAACCUUUGCCAAGUUGAAUGACAACAUCCGUGAAAACUUUCUGACUGACAUGUGCAAGAAAUAUGGUGAAGUGGAAGAGGUAGAGAUUCUCUACAACCCCAAGAACAAGAAGCACCUGGGCAUUGCCAAAGUGAUCUUUGCCACAGUGAAGGGUGCCAGGGAAGCCGUCCAGCACCUGCAUAACAUAUCUGUCAUGGGCAACAUCAUCCAUGUGGAACUGGAUACAAAAGGUGAAACACGUAUGCGCUUCUAUGAAUUGCUGGUUAAUGGUCUUUACACUCCGCAGACCCUUCCUGUAGGCAAUGAGCAGGAUGUCUUGCCAACUGUGAAUAAAACUCAGCAGUUGACUGAUUCUGUAAAACGGCUGAAAGACAGUAACAUUUUUUUGGCGGGAUCAUCCAUUACUCCAAACAGUAGCACCCCGUUUUCCCAUGAUACAGCUUAUUCUAGUUGUCGGCAAGAUACCCCGAAUUCAUAUAGCCAGUAUACCCCACAGUCCCAAGGAACCCCACAACUGGGGACUCCAUUUUCCCAAGAUUCAACUUAUUCCAGUCGUCAAACAACACCAGCUUACCAUUAUGGACAGGACUCUGGGUAUAAACCCAGGAGACAUGAAACAAAAUUUACAGAUGCCUACAACAGGCGACUAGGACAUCACUAUGUCCAUAAUUCGGCAAGUGUUCACAGAGGGUCAGAACAUCAGUUUAGCACAUACAAGUCUCAUCAGCAAGAGCCUGUACAAUAUUCUCACACUCCUCCCUUGAGCCACUCUGGUUCUUCAACUUAUAAAUCUGCCUUCUCUCCAUACCAAGCACCAGCUGUGUUUCCUCUUCCUGAUGAGCAGCAAUAUCCCCAAACUUCCAGAGAUGCCGAGUACCGGAGACCUGCACCACCUCCAGCCGAGAUCUUAAUAGAAGGUAAUGCUGCCACUAAUAUUGACUUUGUUCCUGUGAAAGAAAAACAGGAGGAACUCCCACCUCUGCCACAGCCAAACUGUGUUACUGAACAAAGUACUGCAUCCUUCUCAGAGACUCCAGAAAGGAGUGAAACACCUGGCACCCCAACCAUGGAGUCUGAAAUGCAGCAUAACAGUUUAGACUCAAGGAUUGAGAUGCUCUUGAAAGAGCAGAGAAAGUUACCUUUCCUUAAUGAGCAUGAUUUGGACAAUGAGAUCCAAAUGGAAGGUAGCCCUAUCUCUUCCUCCUCCUCCCAGCUUUCUCCUAUCCCAUUGUAUGGCUCGAAUUCUCAGCACAGUUACCGAGGUCAAACCCCAUCCUCACGUCCCUCUAGCACUGGCUUAGAGGACAUUAGUCCAACACCGUUACCAGAUUCUGAUGAUGACGAGCCAAUCACUGGGACAGUUCCUCUGAGCCAGAAUUCAAGAGGAACAUCAGAGGCUGGUAUGAUUCCUAUUGAUCAGCUGAGUAGCACAUCCAAAGCAGAGACUUCCGAGACUAAAGAGAUGCUGCCUGGUGACAAUACGCCAAUGGAAAAAAUGGAUGAGGGUCAGCAUUCCUCAGGGGAGGACAUGGAAAUAUCCGACGAUGAAAUGAAUUCUUCACCGAUCACCAGUGCAGAAUGUGCCAAAACCAUUGUGGUGAACUCCUCUGUUAGCAACUCUGCUGUGAUGACACAAUCGAUACCCAUGCCCCCUCCAGGGUUCCCUCCACUUCCACCCCCUCCACCACCCCAACCGGGUUUUCCAAUGCCACCGCCUCUCCCACCACCACCUCCGCCAACUCAUCCUGCCGUCACUGUCCCUCCACCUCCGCUUCCUGCGCCACCUGGGGUCCCACCGCCUCAUAUUUUGCCUCCACUUCCUCCAUUCCAUCCUGGCAUGUUUCCUGUCAUGCAAGUGGAUAUGAUAAAUGUCCUGGGCAACCAGUGGGGCGGCAUGCCAAUGUCCUUUCAGAUGCAAACUCAGAUGCUGAGCCGCAUGAUGCAGGGACAGAACACCUAUCAGUACCCACCUUUUAUGGGAAGUCGGAUGCAGUUUGUGAACCUCCCUCCCUACCGCCCUUUUGUAAUGGGGGCAGCUAUUGGCCGGGGGCAGCAAUGGCCACCGCUGCCCAAGUUUGACCCUUCAGUCCCACCACCGGGUUACGUGCCGAAGAAGGAGGAUCCGCACAAGGCUACAGUGGAUGGUGUUCUCUUGGUAAUUGUGAAGGAACUAAAAGCAAUUAUGAAAAGGGACUUAAACCGGAAAAUGGUCGAGGUGGUAGCAUUUAGAGCCUUUGAUGACUGGUGGGACAAGAAAGAACGUCUAGCAAAGGUAGGUAUUUUUAAUGUUUCAUAUAUUAGAUUUGUGCAGAUGGAUCUGGAGAAGGGUUUAAGGUGUUCCAAGGCAGGGUGUGGGUAAGC